AUGCCGUCGAUUCUUGUCACAGGUGCCGGCGGCUAUGUCGGUCAAGAAUUGGCUGCCGGUUUGCUCCGUUCCACCCCGUCAGACACAAUCGUCACCAUCACGGACAUUCAGGCACCGCCUGUACCUGCUUCCGCUGCUCAGUAUGCCUCUCGCGUCCGAAGCGUCGCAGCCGACCUCACCUCUCCCCAGGUGGUUGACUACCUGAUCAAAGAAUCAAGUCCCUAUGAGACCGUCUAUCUGCUCCAUGGCAUCAUGUCCAGCGGCUCCGAGGCCAACUUCGAACUCGGAAUGCGUGUCAACCUUGAUGCGACCCGAUACAUUCUCGAGCGACUGCGAACCACCAUGCCAGGGGUCAAGGUCGUCUUCACCUCUUCGCUCGCUGUGUACGGCCCGACUCCGCACGGGUUUGUCAUCAAUGAGACCAACCUACCACCGGUGCCAUUAUCAUCCUACGGCUCGCAGAAACUCGCUAUCGAAAUCCUGCUGAACGACUACUCGAGAAGAGGCUUCUUGGACGGCCGCGCCGUCAGGUUGCCAACAGUCACAGUGAGGGCUGGUAAACCCACCCAGGCAGCCAGUAGCUUCGUCAGUGACAUCAUUCGAGAACCAUUCCAUGGGAAGAAGGCCAUCCUGCCUGUGAGCAAGGAGACGGAAGUGUGGAUCUGCUCGCCGUAUACCGUGGUGAAGAACCUGUUGCAUGCACGAGAAAUCCCCAAGGAAGCUUUUGGGAACUCGAGGUCCGUUAACCUGCCUGGACUGAAGGUGACUGUCCAAGAGAUGCUCGAUGCGCUCGAGCAAAUCGGAGGCCCGGAGAGACGAGCCCUCGUCGAGGAGAAAUACGAUGCGGAUGUCGACAGGAUUGUGCAGUCGUGGUCUCCCAACUUUGACACUGCACGUGCGAAGGAACUGGGAUUCUCGGAAGACAUUCCCUUCAUUGAGAAUGUCAAGCAAUUUGCCAGCAAUUUUGCCUCAUGA